CAUAAACCCUCACGAUCCUGAAGGCCCGUGUAUGGGAUGUAUCAAGCUAGCGUCGUCCUUCUCUGGACACCGGUGUGUUCGCUGGAGAGUUGCAAAGCUGUCAUUGUGUCGAGACCAGUCGGCUCCCUGGCCUGAUUGGACCAAGAGAUACAACAGCAUGGAAGCGAAGAACAUAACUAACUGGGCUAACGACGAGAUUAGGAUUCUCCAGUGUUCUCACAAGAUAAAGGACUCUAACUACACUCUGUAUGUCAGGAAGUUCGUCCCCAUCGCAGGUGACAUGCUUUGUGAAACUUGGUUUGAUGAGACUGUUGGCGAGUUCAAGAAACAUGAUAUAGAACCAUAUGCGGUGGUCGAAAUGGAGGGUUUGGAGCGGGAAAUGCAACGAUAUGUUAAUGAGAAUAUCAGACAAUUCAUUAUUGGAAUUGUGGGUCUAUCAGAUGAGUUACUGUGGAAGACCUAUGAGAUGGCAUUGAAGCGUUGUUCGGACAACCGCGUGGCAAGUUCCUCUCAGCACGAUCCCUCGCCCGAUAUCCCCGACAUGCCAGAAGACAUUUGCGGCGAUGAAAAGAUUACAAAAAUGAUUGACGAUGAAUCCAGCCCGUACAAUGGAACUUAUCCCUUAGCUCCAGUGAUAUACGCCCAGGAAGAAACUGUACUACUCACUAAGAUCCAGAGACCUCUGCAGCAGCGAGUGAUUACCGACUUGGAUGCUUUGAUGAAAGCUAAUAAGAGAGAGAAUUGGUUCACAAUCUAUCUCACGCUAUUCAUCCUUCUUCACAGUUGUUCUCUUACCUCGAGGCGUGAUGAAGAGUUUGCGGUGCAGAUGAAACUCGGAACUCAAUUUGUAAAUCCAGAAGCCAUAUAUUACAACCAGACUGGUGUGACCGAACUCAUCAAGGAAUUCCACCUCAAGAAUAAAGGUGGAGUUCCCUUCAACAUGGCUGGGGAUCCAUCAAAACAUAGCGAGUUAGCGGCUGCUGCUAAAUUGGAAGCAGAUCAGAUUCAAUUCCUUGCGGAAACCUCAUUUUGGGUGUCACAAAGAGGUAAAUAA